AUGUGCAAAACAGGAAAGUCGCUAGAUGGACAGACGACGGAGACUGCAAUUCGGGUGGCACAGCGGGCGAGCGAACGGAACCCCUACCCUGGCUGGCCUGUAGAGACGCGCUGCCUUCUAGAGCUAUCUAGUGCCCUAUGCCUGAAUGGGUACCAGCUGUGCAUAGAUACCCUUGGUCAAUUGAUCUCAGGGGACGGGGGGAAGGAGAGCUGUGCGAACGAUGGACGUUCUGGAAGAAUGAAUACGGGCGGUCAGAAAAACAUCUACAUCUCCUCCCUGUACAGCGCAUGCGCAAUCAAUUGCAAGAGAUGUAAAGUGAUCAAGAAAGCUCUUCUUUUCACGGCUCUCGAGAAAGAAAGGAGGUCUCGGAUACGCGUCCCAAUCGAUACAACCCGUACUUCAGAUGGAAUUACUACUGCUGGAUCUGCACUUCUGUCGUAG